CGGUUGUGGGCGCCCAUGUCUACGCGGCCGCGACCGUUUGGUUUAGAUGCUGCUCGCCGGAUCCGCGUCCUCCGGGAAGGCUGGUGCUGACCACUGUGCCUCUCUUCUUCCUCCGAGUUCCUAUGAUUUACCGCGUGCCUCCCGAUAGUUGAGGAGGUGACGGGAAAACAAUCUGGCAUCAGGGAAGGACCCACGGCAGGAGUGAGGGAAACUGAAGAGAAGUUGGACGUCGCGCGGGCUCCAUAAGUGCCUAUGGAUUAUGGCAGGAAAAGUGAAAUGGGUCACUGACAUCGAGAAGUCGGUGCUGAUAAAUAACUUUGAGAAGAGAGGAUGGGUCCAAGUGACAGAAAACGAGGACUGGAAUUUUUACUGCCUGCAUCUGGGCAGGAAGGAGAAGCAACGAGAAACGCGAGAACAAUGGCUGUGCUAGAGCGGGUGGCUUCGUUGUCUGUUGCCAAAUUGAUGGAUGAGUGUGCAAACCAUCCGAAAUGUUUUUAGUGUCGAAACGGGCUAUCGGCUCUCCGACGAUCAAAUAGUCAACCAUUUUCCGAACCACUACGAACUGACACGGAAGGAUCUGAUGGUGAAGAAUAUUAAAAGAUACAGGAAGGAGCUGGAGAAAGAAGGCAGUCCCCUGGCAGAAAAAGAUGAAAAUGGGAAAUACCUCUAUCUGGACUUUGUUCCGGUCACCUAUAUGCUGCCUGCCGACUACAACCUGUUCGUGGAGGAGUUCAGGAAGAGCCCCUCCAGCACCUGGAUCAUGAAACCUUGCGGCAAAGCCCAGGGAAAGGGCAUCUUUCUGAUCAACAAGCUCUCGCAGAUCAAAAAGUGGUCCCGGGACAGCAAGACAUCUUCGUUCGUGUCCCAGUCCACCAAGGAAGCCUACGUGAUCUCUCUCUACAUUAACAACCCCCUACUCAUCGGCGGGAGGAAGUUCGACCUGCGCCUGUACGUGCUGGUGUCCACGUACCGCCCGCUGCGCUGCUACAUGUACAAGCUCGGCUUCUGCCGCUUCUGCACCGUCAAGUACACGCCAAGCACCAGCGAGCUGGACAACAUGUUCGUCCACCUCACCAACGUCGCCAUCCAGAAACACGGGGAGGACUACAACCACAUCCAUGGGGGCAAGUGGACAGUGAACAACCUGCGGCUCUACCUGGAGAGCACCCGUGGCAAGGAGGUGACCAGCAAGCUGUUUGACGAGAUCCACUGGAUCAUCGUGCAGUCGCUGAAGGCCGUGGCGCCGGUGAUGAACAACGACAAGCACUGCUUCGAGUGCUACGGCUACGACAUCAUCAUAGACGACAAGCUGAAGCCCUGGCUGAUUGAGGUUAAUGCGUCCCCAUCCCUCACCUCCAGCACCGCCAACGAUCGGAUCCUCAAGUACAACCUGAUUAACGACACCCUCAAUAUUGCGGUCCCCAAUGGCGAAAUUCCAGACUGUAAAUGGAACAAGUCACCCCCAAAGGAAGUUCUUGGCAAUUAUGAAAUUCUGUACGACGAAGAGCUGGCGCAGGGUGACGGGGCUGACCGAGAGCUGAGAAGUCGUCCGGGCCAGUCGCUAGGACCCAAAGGGGGCCGAUCGAGAGACUCGGGAAGAACCGUCCUCACAACCUGGAAGUGACCUCCAGCGAGAGCAGAAGACUCCACCUGGGCCCCUGCCGAAACCUCUCACGCACCCGGGCCCUUGCUGCAGACCUGUUUUGAAAUUUCCCUUUUCUAGAGCUUUUUCCUUUAAGCCCUGUAAAUAAUAAAGGACUUCUUUGGAAGGUGAAGGAGUCUA